AGUCAGAGGAGAACGGAGUGUCUGCAGGACUUAAUCUGAGACCACAAACCACCUUGUUCCAAGUGAGAAGAAGGAAACAAGAAAGAAAGGAGAACCCUGCAAAUUUUCUGGCAACCUCUUUAUCUGUUGGAUUACUGACUUGAGGCAAACAAGGAACAGAGAUAUGAAGGGUUUGAAAGAUUUCUCCAGUUGAUUGGCAAAGGAGAGCGGGCUAGGGGGAGGAGGACGGUAGGAGGAGGGUGAAUUGUGCAUUUCAGUGCACUGUAGGAUGGCGUCGCCUCUGCCCUGGCUGUGCAUUAUUCUGUGGCUAGAAAAUGCCCUAGGGAAACUCGAAGAUGAAGGCGACCUCUACUCAGAGAACAUCAGUCGGAUCCUGGACAACUUGCUCGAAGGCUAUGACAAUCGGCUGCGACCGGGAUUUGGAGGUGCUGUUACUGAAGUCAAAACAGAUAUUUAUGUGACCAGUUUUGGGCCCGUGUCAGAUGUGGAGAUGGAGUAUACGAUGGAUGUUUUUUUCCGCCAGACUUGGACUGAUGAGAGGUUGAAGUUUGGGGGGCCAACUGAGAUUCUGAGUUUGAAUAACUUGAUGGUCAGUAAAAUCUGGACACCUGACACUUUUUUCAGAAAUGGUAAAAAGUCAAUUGCUCACAACAUGACAACUCCUAACAAACUCUUCAGAAUAAUGCAGAAUGGAACCAUUUUAUACACCAUGAGGCUUACCAUCAAUGCUGACUGUCCCAUGAGGCUGGUUAACUUUCCUAUGGAUGGGCAUGCUUGUCCACUCAAGUUUGGGAGCUAUGCUUAUCCCAAAAGUGAAAUCAUAUAUACAUGGAAAAAAGGACCACUUUAUUCAGUAGAAGUCCCAGAAGAAUCUUCAAGCCUUCUCCAGUAUGAUCUGAUUGGACAAACAGUAUCUAGUGAGACAAUUAAAUCUAACACAGGUGAAUACGUUAUAAUGACAGUUUAUUUCCACUUGCAAAGGAAGAUGGGCUACUUCAUGAUACAGAUAUACACGCCUUGCAUUAUGACAGUCAUUCUUUCCCAGGUGUCUUUCUGGAUUAAUAAGGAGUCCGUCCCAGCAAGAACUGUUUUUGGGAUUACCACUGUUUUAACUAUGACCACUUUGAGCAUUAGUGCCCGGCACUCUUUGCCAAAAGUGUCUUAUGCCACUGCCAUGGAUUGGUUCAUAGCUGUUUGCUUUGCUUUCGUCUUCUCCGCUCUUAUCGAGUUCGCAGCUGUCAACUACUUCACCAAUCUCCAGACACAGAAGGCCAAAAGGAAGGCACAGCUUGCAUCCCCACCCCCAGUGACAAUAUCAAAAGCUACUGAACCUUUGGAAGCUGAGGUUGUUCUGCAUCCUGAUUCCAAAUAUCAUCUGAAGAAAAGAAUCACUUCUCUGUCCUUGCCGAUAGUGUCAUCUCCUGAGGCAAAUAAAGUUCUCACUAGAACGCCCAUCCUGCAAUCUACACCUGCCACGCCCCCACCACUCUUGCCAGCCUUUGGAGGCACCAGUAAAAUAGACCAGUAUUCUCGAAUUCUCUUCCCAGUUGCAUUUGCAGGAUUCAACCUUGUGUACUGGAUAGUUUAUCUUUCCAAAGAUACAAUGGAAGUGAGCAGCAGUGUUGAAUAGCUUGCAUCCAGGACAACCUGUAUUCUCUAAGUUCUUGCUUCCUGUUUCCUGUGUGUUACUUUUUAAAAUAGCAUUGAGACUUGUGUAGAUGCUUCUCAGAACAUGAAAUUAAAUUGGAAAUCUGUAAUGCAGCUUCAGUAAGCAUGUGUGAGCAAAAAAGCAAUAAUGCUACUCCUCAAAAUAGAAAGUUGAAGAUUGCUGAAAAAUAUGACUUUCUGUAUGUUAGAGAAAAACUUUAUGAGGAUAAAAUGGGUUCAAGAUGAAUUUGUCAACCUUUAUUCUUCAUCGUUCAAUAUUUUUAAUUGUCACUGUGAAUAACAUUUACCACAAGGCA